AUGGCGACGUUCUCCAUUCUUGCACUUGCGGCGGUCGCCUUGUCCCUGCAGACUCUGCCCCCGGUUGCAUUUCAUCCACACAGCCCAGAUUCAGCUGCCGCCCAAGGAUUUUCCCUUGCAAACGCUGACAAUGUCAUCUACAUCCAGGAUGGGUUUUCUAGUUGGAGAGAUCAAGAUGGUCUGACUUUAAUUCCUCCAUCGGCGUCAGAGUUUGCCCUGACGUUUCGUGACGAUCUUCACGAGAUCACCAACUCUUCGUGGGAAAUACAAACAGUCAAGCAACUCCCGAAGCAGGCAUCAGGGGUCUUCCUGGGCCGUUCAACAAAGCCAAAAUCCCACUUCACAUACGAAGAUGGCACAGCAACCGAAGAGGGAUACGAACUGAUUGUCGAAAAGAACCGUGCGUGUAUCUACGGGUCGGGUGCGCGAGGAAUGUGGUGGGGGACGCGGACUCUUCUGCAACAGUUCGCGUUGAAUCCACAUUCUUUGAUCCCAGCCGGCUGGGUGAAGGACGUGCCGGCCUAUGCGACAAGAGGAUUCAUGCUCGAUGCCGGGCGGAAAUGGUAUUCGUUGGACUACCUCAAGGACCUUUGCACCUACGCCUCAUUCUUCAAGCUCUCGGAGUUCCACUACCAUGCGACCGACAACUAUCCGCUGAGCCGAGGACCUAAUGUUUCAUGGAACCAGGUCUACUCACAGUUUGCUUUGCGACCGAAUAAUCCGGAACUCCUCCCUCUUGUCCAAAGAGAGAAUGAAACAUUAUCCCGUGCCCAGUUCAACGACUUCCAGGGUCACUGUGCUGCUCGGGGAGUGACGGUGGUUCCCGAAAUUGAAAGCCCCGGCCAUUGUCUAUCCAUCACGAAAUGGAGACCAGACUUGGCUUUGGAAUCUCGGGAUCUUCUCAAUCUCUCUCAUCCGGAUACCGUACCCCUGGUGAAAUCCAUAUGGUCGGAGUUCCUGCCCUGGUUCCACACCAAAGAAGUCCACAUCGGGGCCGAUGAAUAUGACGCCGCGUUGGCAAAUGAUUACAUCGCAUUCGUGAAUGAAAUGGCCCGCUUUAUCCAACAAACUUCCGGAAAGAAGAUUCGCAUUUGGGGCACUUACGAGCCAUCCGAUACCCGAUCAAUCAAUAGAAAUAUCACGAUCCAGCACUGGCAGUACGGACAAUCGGACCCCAUGCUGCUGGCCCAGGAUGGAUAUCAGAUCAUCAAUUCUGAGGACUGGUGGGCCUAUAUGUCCUUGAAGAACAACCACGUUCCUAUAGCUCCGGCACCAUAUCCGCAAUUUUUCAAUAAUGCCCGAGUGUUGAAUUUUGCCGACAAAGAAGGUUGGCAGUGGACCCCACAACUGUUCAAUCCGGUUAACAUUACGGAGCAGCCCAAUCAGAAUUCCGUUCGGGGUGCGAUCCUUGCUGCUUGGAACGAUAAUGGAGCCGAUGCGACUACCCAGUUAGAAUCAUAUUAUGCAAUUCGGAAUGGCAUUCCCGUGGUUGCGUCUCGCUCAUGGUCGGGUAGUCGGGGGCCACGGUUAAGGGAAGAAGGCCUCGAAGAGGCGAUUGAGAUUUUGAUUUCCAAUGUGGUAGGAGAGAACCUGGAAAGGCAACUAUUACAGACUGGAAAGUCCCGGACGCCAUUGGUGUCCUGGAGGAAGCCGCACUCCGAUCAGCCUCAGCAGCAAUUUGCAUUGGGGUAUGGUAGCAAAGGAAUGAACUACACUCUGCAGCUCAAUGUUGCGGGCCCUUUUUCCCUCGAGUCGCAUGAUGCAAGACUUUCCCUUUCUGAGGAUGGUCAAUUAACCUUCACUGCUGACGGUUGGCCCUAUCCGCUGCGCUCUAUUGCUGAGGGAGACGGGUUCGACCCUGAUGCACCGGGAAGAAUUUGGGCCAAUUCUACCGGCUCAACACAUGAAAUCGUCAAACUUCCCCAGAGGUGCCAAAUAACCAUUAGCACCAACGAAACUAUCGGAAGUCGUGUAUGGGUUGAUGGUCAAUUUAUGGGAAGAUUCGAAGUUUUUGUGUACGGUGGAAAGAACAGAGUCUUCUCUUGGAGUCAGAUGGCUUUUGUUGCACCGCUCAAUGUUCUCAAAGGUGAAGGGAUAGAUAGCUUACUAUUAUACUAG